UUGGGAGGAAUUGUUAAACCCAAUGAUGGCCUCUGUCAUCUUAGCCUUGAUGGAAUGUACACAGAAAGCUCCAAUCAGGAUUACCCCUCCAUCAGCCAGGUAGCUGUCAAGGCAAAGGAGAAGAAUGUCAACAUCAUUUUUGCUGUCACCCAAGAUCAAAAACCAAUUUAUGACCAGCUAAAGCCCAUCAUUGCUGGCUCUGAAACCGGAAUCUUGGCCUCAGAUUCUCAGAACAUUGUAAAACUGGUCCGAGAUAACUACUUGGCUAUCACCUCUAAAGUGGAACUUAUUGUGGAAAACUCUGAUAAUGUAGAUGUAAAAUUCAAAACAAAGUGUUUAGGAACUGAGAUGAAAGAUACAAACAAGUGUGAGAAUCUUCAAAUUGGACAGUCUGUUAACUUCAGUGUGACCUUGGAAGUGAAGUCAUGUCCACCUAAAGGUCAAGAGGAAAAAGUGCUGAAGAUCAAACCAGUUGGAUUGUAUGAUACUCUGACCGUUAAUCUGACAUUUAAGUGCAAGUGUGAUUGUGAAUCUGAGGCUAUCAUGGAGGCCAACAAAAAUCACCCAAAUUGUAAUGGCAAUGGCACGUAUGUGUGUGGUAUGUGUGUCUGUAAUGAGCCGUAUUUUGGAGACAAGUGUGAUUGUAACAAGGGAACAGGAACCAUCGCAGACAAAGAGAAGGAAUGUAUCCAAGACAAGAAUACAACCAUCAUCUGCAAUGGCCGUGGGGAGUGUAAUUGUGGGAAAUGUAUCUGUCGGGAGAGACAGAAGGGUACAGCACAGUUCUACACGGGGACGUACUGCGAGUGUGAUGAUUACAGCUGUCCGUACUACUCUGGUCUUAUCUGCGGAGGUCUUAGUCGAGGACAAUGUGAUUGCGGAACCUGUAAAUGUAACGAGGGCUUCAAGGGAAAGAACUGUGGCUGUAGCACAGACAAUACUACCUGCCUCUAUAAUGGGGAAAUAUGUAAUGGACAAGGAACUUGUGAGUGUGGCAAGUGCACAUGUACCAAUCCAAAGUACUUUGGACCUCAGUGUCAAGAGUGUGAUAACUGUGGAGCCAAACAGUGCCGUACCCACCGAGAUUGUGCUUUGUGCGUGGGAUUUAAAUCCGGAGAGUUGGACGCGAAUCAAUGUAAAGAACAGUGUGGCCACACAACAGCCGUGCCAGAACUCAGCAAGAAGGGUAUAACGAAUUGUGAAUAUGUGGACAGCAAUGGCUGCUUUAUCUACUUUACUUACUUUUACGAUCAAGACAACGCAAACCAACUCAAAGUAGAAGUUUUACAAGAACCAGACUGCCCGCCCGAGGUGAACGUCUUGGCUAUUGUGUUAGGAGUGAUAGCAGGUAUUGUGUUCUUUGGAAUUCUUCUUCUGCUCAUCUGGAAGCUGUUUACUACCAUCAGUGACAAGCGAGAGCUGGCCAGGUUUGAAAAGGAGGCUCAAAAUGCUAAGUGGGAUACGGGAGAAAAUCCAAUUUAUAAAAAAGCAACAUCAACUUAUAAAAACCCAAUGUUUGGAAAAAAUAAAUAGAGGGCAUGCAGUUUAUUGAAUACCAAAGACACGUAGUUUUGUAAUCAUUAUCUGACAUAUUGUAUAUGUA